GAUGAAAUUCUGUUGACUCCCUGGAGGGAUUUUCCUGUUGAAGACACGGACCCAUUUGCCCCCCUGGAUGAAGAGAAGUGGGAUUUCGUCCUGGUAAGCAACAUCCACGAAGUGGGCAGUGAGAAGGAGAUCAAGAGGAAGAAGUUCCUGGACGAGCUGAGCAAGAAGGGGUUCACUAUCAAGAAAAUUGAGGACAAGAAGCUAUUUUAUGGAGUCCGUGCCCCAAAACAGAUCUUCCGGAAAUACCAGUGGCUCCUGAGGAACCCCGACAGCAGGCUGCAAAACCCCGAUGUCCAUCAUGACAUACCAGUGACCACCAGGAUACGGAUCGUGAACUUCAUCCUGCAGAACACGACGACACCUGACCUCGAGAAGCUGCCCGACCUGAUGAAGAAGAAGGUCUUUGAGGCAACGUUUCCCCUGCACGAGAAAGAAGAGGUAAGGGAAUUCCUAAAGGAGAAAUGGGCUCGCUGGAGAGAUAUAUUUUGCCAACAGCCGAUUGAGAAGAUCAGGUGCUAUUUUGGUGAGAAGGUGGCCCUGUACUUUGCGUGGCUGGGCUGGUACACCUACCUGCUGGGAAUAGCUGCAGUGGCCGGGCUGGUGGUCUUCGUGGCUGGGAUUACUGUUUUCAAUUCCAGCCAGGUGAGCAAGGAGAUCUGUGAAGCCAGUAACACCAUCAUGUGCCCGCUCUGUGACCAGAAGUGCCCGUUCUGGCUGCUCUCCGACACCUGCACCUACGCCAAGGUCACUCACAUGAUUGACAACGAGGGGACAGUGUUGUUUGCCAUGUUCAUGGCGAUCUGGGCCACUGUGUUCCUGGAGCUGUGGAAGAGGCAGAGAGCCACCGUGGUCACCAACUGGGACCUGUACAGGUGGGAUGAGGAAGAGGAGGAGCUGGCUAUGGGGCUGAUCAAUAAUCUGCAGCAUGAACCCCAGCAGUACCAGCACUCCUACUUCCGCAGCACCAUCAUACUCCUCUUGGUUCUGGUGAUGAUUGCCGUGCUGAUCGGCAUCGCCCACGCGCUCGUCAUUUACCGGGUGAUAGCAACAGCUCUCUUCAGCCAGAGCAACUCUGAGUUCCUCCGCGAUCAGGCCAAUACGAUGGCGGUGAUGACGGGGGCCGUGCUGCACUACAUCACCAUUGUCAUCCUGACCAAGGUCAACAGACAUGUGGCCCUCUAUCUCUGUGACCUAGAGAAACCACGGACCUUCUCCCAGCGUGAGAACAACUUUACCGUGAAGAUCUUCACCUUCCAGUUCUUCACAAACUUCUCUUCACUCAUCUACAUUGCCUUUUUCCUGGGACGGAUCAACGGCCACCCAGGGAACUACGUGCGCAUUGCUGGCAAGUGGAGGCUGGAGGAGUGCCACCCCAGCGGCUGCAUCACUGACCUCUUCAUCCAGAUGGCCAUCAUUAUGCUGCUCAAGCAGACCAUCAGCAACGUGAUGGAGUAUCUCGUCCCCUGGAUAGCCCACAAGCUACGCAAGCAGCAGCACCCCAGGAAAAGAAGCAUGAUGUUAGGAGAGGAGGAGGAGGCCGAGGACCCCUGCAAAAGGCAGUGGCUGAGCAACUAUCAACUCAACGAGGUCAACACCUUCAGCUUGUUUGACGAGUUCUUGGAGAUGGUGAUCCAGUACAGCUUCACCACCAUUUUUGUCGCUGCCUUUCCCCUUGCCCCACUGCUGGCGUUCUGCAACAACCUCUUCGAGAUCCGCCUGGAUGCCAUCAAGAUGAUGCGGCUGCGCCGGCGCAUGGUGCCCAGGAAGGCCAACGACAUCGGAAUUUGGCUGCAGGUCCUGGAGGCCAUCGGCAUCCUGGCUGUCAUCGGGAAUGGACUGGUGAUCGCCAUCACAUCCGACUUCAUUCCCAUGCAGGUCUACAAGUACAUGUACAGCCCCUGCAUGACGGAAAACAGCACUGGCGUGGACUGCUCGACCGGCUACAUCAACCACAGCCUCUCCGUCUUCCGCAUUCAGGACUUCGAGCCGCACACAAAGGUGCCCGAAAUGCUGCCAGACUUUGUCAGGGAUGAGAUCAAGGAGUGCAGGUACCGGGAUUACAGGAACGCGGACGACUACAGCUACACCGUCCAGUUCUGGCACAUCUUCGCAGCCCGGCUUGCCUUCCUCAUCCUCUUUGAGCACGUGGCUCUGUGCAUCAAACUGAUUGCAGCCUGGUACGUUCCCGAUGUCCCUCAGUCGGUUAAGAAUCAAUUUCUGGACAGAAAACACAGCAGCCUUCGUAAAGAACUGAGCAUGAUGGAGUACUCCACCGAGGUGUAG